ACGAACCUGAAGGUUCAUCUGAACAACUGGAGCAAAGAAGACCUGAGAAAUCUGCACCUGCUGCUGCUGCUGUCCUCUCACCGCUGUGAAGAUCAACUCAACGGACAGAAAUGUUGCGGUUGCUGUUGCUGCUGGUUCUGGCCUCAGCCAGUCUUCAGGUCCAGCCACCAGAUGAAAAUGGUAGGAGGGGAAAUGUCUCCUCCCUGAAUCUCCAUCCAGGUGAUGAUGUUGAUAAAAUCAACUCUGUGUCUGUCUCCAUGGUCAAACGUGUUCUAGCUUCUCUUGCACUCAAACACAAACGCCCAGUUAACUCGUCGCUCCCAGAGUUAGGUGAUACAGGCCUGCUCCGAUGGGAAAAAUGGAAUGGUUCCCUUCCUAACGGAUCCGUUUCCAUUUACAACAGUUACUUUAAGCGCACCGACUACAUCUGCAAAGUUGGAUGCAAUUCUGGCUUUUACAACCCCAGCAAAGGCCCUUGCUGCCACUACCCAAUUAAGAACGAAGAGAAAUGUUCCUCCUCUUUUCAAGUCCUUGUGAAUGAAGAUAAUUUUGAGAUCCCGGUGUGGAAGGAAGGUUCUUAUAGUUCUGUUCCACAGAAUGCAGUCAGAACCUGCUCCAGUGAAUUAAUGUAUGUAGGGAAGAACGAGUACGGGUUGGGGAAGGUUGAUGUGAAAAAUCAACGCUUUUAUCUCCCCCGGGAGGGGAAAGAAUAUCAGUACAAGACGUAUGAGGUUCUGACCCGCAUGAUGGUUGAAGAUGAGAUCAUUACUGAUGUCAGUUAUGUCAUAACCAAAGCUAAGAUCAUCAAAGGGCUUCCCACAACCCUCCAAAGCUCUACCACUACCAACAGAGACCACAAUCCUGUGAAGACAACCGUUUCUCUGACUAAGACAACCACAGAUGAGAGACGGUGGGACAUCAGCUCCUCCAUCACCGUCGGUGUGAAAACGUCCAUCACUGCAGGAAUUCCUGGCAUUGUGGGUGGAAAUAUUGAAAUCAGUUCAGAGACGACUUGGACAUUCUCAGGUGGACAUACCUGGGCAGUGCAGGUCUCCCACUCUGUCUCUGUAGAGCUUACCGUACCACCAAACCACAGCUGCACAGUGAAGAUGGUUGGUUAUCAGUACAAAAUGGACGUUCCCUUCACCGCCCGCAUCAACCGAACCUAUGAAGACGGAGAGACCAGAUCAGUCAUCAUCUCUGGAAAUUAUCAUGGAGUCCAAGUUGGAGACAUUGAGGCUGUGGUGGACCCAUGCCAACCUUUGUCCAACUGAGAACGUUCUUCUAAUAAGAUUUAGGAUGUUUGUAGCGUUGAAAAACCUCUAAAGCAUAACUGGCAAGGCUUUACCAGGCAUUUGAUUUAGAAACACAGCUUCAUUUAUGCUUUUUAAUUCAUAAUCUUUAUAGAUGUAAUUAUACAGUAUAUUUCUGGUGCAAUCCUUUUGAUUCAUCAGAUGUGCCUCUAUUUUUGACAAUGCUGCAUAUAUAUUUUAAAUGAAGUAGCAAAGUGCUACUUAAAAAGUCACCUAAACCACCUAAGCUGUCAAAUUCUCAACAUAGUACACUAAAUAUUAAAUGUACACAUAAUAUACAAGAGAAAAAGAAAUUGUGUUUUAAUACUAAUGAUGAAGCCACAACUAGACACCAAGAUCCAAGGCCAUCACAUUUCACAGGCCAGUAAGAAGAUUGAGUAGAAAAAUUGACGAGGGAAGUAAUGCUAGCCUGACUUUGAAAAUCUUAACAUGUAGAUGUGCACGGAGUCUGGCCUAGUCAAAGUAUUCAAUGACAUCCAUAUAAAUACGGACUGUAUUAUAUGGUCCACUGGACCUCAGUGUCCACCAUGACAUUAUUGAACCGACUGGAGAGUCGGGUCGGACUCUCCGGUUCGGUGCUCGACUGGUUUGAAUCUUACGUAAAGAACAGGGAUUUCUUUGUUUCAAUUGGAAACUUCUCAUCAGAGAGGUCAAAGGUCACAUGUGAGGUACCCCAAGGUUCAAUCCUAGGAGAAGCAGCUUUCAGCAUCUAUGCACCAAAAAUUUGGAACAAACGUCCAGAAAACUGUAAAAUGUAAUGAUGGAACUUGACUUAAUGUUUAUUCUAUGUUGCAUGACUUUGUGUUUUUGUGUUUAUGAUGUAAAGCACUUUGA